UAAAUCUUCGGUCCAGAGAAGUAGAAUUCUCCCACUAGCUCACUCCAUCGGGACGAUUCCGGUGCAGAAUUGAGAGGAAAAUCGGCGAGAAGCGAUGUCGGAGAAGAAGGGGGACUGUGGCAAACACGGCCAUAAGAGGAAGAAGUUCAUCCAGCGAAUAUGUGCUGGAAUUCUCUUCUUCAUCCUAUUAAUCCUGUUCGUCGUCUUCCUCGUAUGGGCGAUCCUUCGGCCAACCAAGCCUAAGUUCACGCUCCAAGACGUGACGGUUUUCCAGUUCAACGUCACCGGUUCGAACUUGCUCAACUCGAAUAUGCAGAUAACCCUCUCGUCGAGGAACCCCAACGACAAGAUCGGCAUAUACUACGACAGGCUCGAUGUGUUCGCGGAGUACAGCAACCAGCAGAUCACUCUCCCUACUAGAUUGCCUCCGACGUACGAGGGUCACAAAGACAUCAACAUCUGGUCGCCGUUCGUCUACGGGUCAAACGUGCCGAUUGCGCCUUAUCUGGCGGCCUCGCUGUCUCAGGAUCAGAACAUCGGGAUGGUCUUGAUCAAAAUCAAGGUCGAUGGACGGGUCAGAUGGAAGGUGGGUACUUGGAUCUCAGGCAACUACCAUAUCCACGUCAAUUGUCCGGCGUAUAUCACGUUUGGCAGCCGGAACACCGGUAUUCAGGUCGGAACCGCCUUUAAGUAUCAGCUGGUGCAACCCUGUGGGGUUGAUGUCUGAUGAAGGGUCGGUCAGGGAAUUUACUUCCCGAAUGAGGAGCCAUCGCCGUUAGUAUCCUUAUAUCUCCGUUUCUCUCUCUGGACGUCGUUAGUCUUUUUUCUUUAUUUUUCCUCAAUUGUGCUCUUCAUCGAAACUCCACCCUGUGUAGUUAUAAGAGGUAAUUUAGGGCUGUAAUUUGUACAUUUUAUUAAAGAAUAAAAUGAGAAGAUAAAAAGGGAAGAAAUUCAACGGUUGUCACAAGUUGUAUUGUUUGUUAUCAAAAGAAUAUUUCGAAUAUGAUAUUUAAUUGUGAGAAAUUAAAUUGCUUGC